CCCCAUAGACCCGACAUGUGUAUUGGUCAUUCCUUUUACCUCCCCGACAGAGAACCUGCCAUCAUGGCGGCAGGUUCAAUUUUGGAAGACGAAUUUUGGGACAGCAUUAUUUACUUUCUGACACUUUCGGACAAAAUCGACGGAAAAUGGACGAUAAUGAAAACAAAAGAUGGAAGUAGAUACGUAAUGGCAAAAGAAAACAUGAAAAGAACAGAAAGCAACGAAAAUACGUUGGAAGGAGCAGAUUUUCACAACGUCACUGAGAUAGAAGAGGAAGAUGCCUCAACUCUUAGGACUGAUGACAAUAAGGACCUGAGUAUUUUAACAUAUGAAUUUCACAUCCUGUACAGUCAGAGCUACUCCGUACCUGUGCUGUACUUCAAUGUACAUAUGCAAAAUGGAAAGCUGGUAAGUUUGGAGGAAAUCUGGAAUAUGGUGCCAGAUGUGCAUAAAGAUAGAUUGUCUCAGGAGAGGUGGACAUUUGUCUCGCAACAGGAACACCCACUUCUAGGUCUUCCAUUUUACCACUUGCAUCCAUGUCAUACUGCAGACCUGAUGAAAAACACCCCAACGCUAACAGACAAAAGGCAGUAUAUAAUUUCAUGGCUGAGUGCUGUUGGUCCUGUAGUUGGAUUACACCUUCCCCUGGAGUACGGUAAACACAGUGCCAGCUGAUGCCCCGCCCUGACUACCCCAGAAAAAAUUCGAGCCUGCUCUAGGUUAGAAGAAGACAGAAUAGUGAUGGAAAUUUACAUAUUAUGCUUAAGGUGAUACAGAACUAAGUCUAAAUAAGCAUUAACAUGUAGAGCUCAUGCAUUGUGCUUUACUGGUAGUUAUGUUGCAGUCAUGGUAAUACUGAGAUCUGGCAGAGUUUCAAAAUGAUAUGUGAACAUUAUCUCAUUUCAUGAUUUAGAGUUUCUCUGUAUAUAAACACUAGUUUACUAUAAUAAAAAAAUAUAUAUAAUGUUUGGGCGUACUUGUGAAAAGUUCUUUUCUGUAGGGCAAUGUUGGACCAAACAGUCCAACAUCAUGAUUUUUUGACUGAUGAAGUGUUUAAUUCAUUUAUUACAUGCACAUUUCAUUCAGUGAUAAUGCCAAUACAUGUACAGCUGUACCACAUAUUAUGAUUCAAUGUUUUUGGAAAAUAAAUUGAAAAAUUUUAUGAAA